AUCGGCAUUAUCCUGGCCUUAUCUGCAAUUAGGGAUUAAUUGGCACUAUCUCCUAAUCUGGAACCCUCACAUCCAAGCCGUUCAUCAGACUACCCAAGUUGGCCUCAAACAGACCUUUAGCAUGGGCAUUGGUGGAUACCCCUUCACUAGCACUAACCUCAUUGACUGUCUCGACACUUUCCUCAAGGAUCUCAACGCAAAGGGUAUUCUCAUAGGUGAGAUUGGUGGUGGUGCUGAAGAGGCUGCACCUGGACCUGAAGCCAAGCCUGUUUCAUCCUUUAUCACUGGUCUUUCUGCCCCACCUGGUCGCAGCAUGGGACAUGCCAGUGCCAUCAUCUCUGGAGGCAAGAGAGGUGCUGAAGACAAGAUUAAGGCCCUUGAGAAUGUUGGUGUAAUCAUCCUGAGGUGCCCUGUGCAAAUGGGAAAUAUGUUACUGGCAGAGAUGGAACUUCUUGAAAAAUUGUAAGCUGAUUGCUGGUGUGGAAACUUGGGGAAUUACUGGAUCAAGAGAUGCCACAUUGGUCCAGGGACUGAAUCAUUGACUCGGCAGGAAAAGUCACUUAGGGAACACAUUUUUAGCUUUUAUCUUACAUGGUCAUUUAUGGUCAUUUACAAUCAAAUGUUACAUAAAAGUUAACCGUCAAAAAUGUGUAUAUAUUUUCAUUUGAUGCACAGGAAUUGUUUAGAUGUAUCAACAUGAAUCCUAAGGAGGUUAAUGAAAUGCUGAUCAGUAUCUUGCAUGAGUAGUUAAUUAGUUUUCUCGUGUAUUUUGAUACCAAACACAAGGAUGUCCCUAUUACUGUCUUCAAAGACAGUGACAAAUCAUCACUUGUUAUUAAGUUCAUGUGUUGCUUCUUAGAGGUUAAUCUUGUAAAUAUAUUACCCGUUUUAUAUUGACAAAA